UAUUUUUCAACACGUCAUUAUUGUGAAAUAAUUAAAUUUUAGACCCGAGGUCAGGUUCAAGUUUUUGGAGUUCGAGAAUCUGUAUAAAUGGAUAGGGUGGAAGAGCCGACGAUGUUUAACCCAAUAACUUUUGUGCUCCAAUUCCUAGCCUCAUACGGCUGGUACUUAGUGGGUGUGUCUGCGACUGCGCUGUACGCUGCUCACAAGUUCAUCCCUCGAAUUGAGCGCUGGCGGCAACACAGGGAGGAUGCAGCAUAUCAUAAAGACCCGGACGUAGCGCUGGCGCGGCUGGCGCGGCUGGCGGCGGUGCAGGCGGCGCGCGAGCGCCAGCAGCGCUUGCUGGAGCAGGCCUCCAACGACGCACUUAUACAACAGAAAGAGCGUGAAGAACGGAAGAGAGCGGAGCUGGUGGAGAAGUUGAAGAAGUUGGAGGAGAACGGAGGACACAGGCUGGGUGCGGGAGAUGAUUACUUGCCGCUGAGUGGAGGCGCCUCCACCUCCUCCUAUCGGCCGCCGAAGCGCUCCGCCUGCAAGCGCGGCGGCUGCGGGGGCUGACCACACCACACCCUCGCACCCUCUCCCUGACACCCCCUCCACACACACACAAACAAUAUUAAAUUACCAAUUAAAAUAUCUGUCUCAAAACAUACACAAAAUUAAUUAUUCCCAACUGUCACCUCGUUGUACCCACGGGGGGACAGGUGCGAAUAAAAAGUUUCAUCCGUCCCACCUACAACGACCGGACGGUUGGAACUUUAACCCUUCCAUCUGUCACCUUAUUAGUGGGACUAAAAGGUGGGACGGACGAGAAUUAAUUCUCAUCUGUCCCCUCUAGGGGACAGCGGGGUGACGGUUAG